ACCAUCUCGCUCUCCUUUCUGGCCCGUAAUAAUCUGAUAUAGUGAGUAAUAUUCUAUUAUAUGUGUUCACCAUUACAGUCAUGAAUUUUAGUACUGAAGAAUCUCCAUCUUCGUCGUCAUCCUCAUCCUGUUCAAGCCACCAUGUCCGCAAAGAUAUCAGCCCCCAGAACCUCAUAAAUGUCAACUCUUCACCUCUGAAUUGCAAGCCCAGCAGUAAUACUAGGGUUAGUAAUACUGUGAACUCAUUACAGGAAAAGAGAAAGUCCGGUAGGAAGAAGUUCAAGGAGACCAGGCACCCGGUCUACCGAGGUGUCCGUCAGAGAAGGGGGAAGUGGGUUUGUGAGUUGAGACAGCCACACAGUAAGAACUCUCGCUUGUGGCUCGGAACUUUCUCUUCUCCAGACGUGGCGGCUAGGGCUUAUGAUGUCGCUGCUCUGGCCAUUAAAGGUGAGUCUGCGUCGUUGAAUUUCCCAGAAGAAAGAACGAGAUAUCAUCAGCCUCGUCAACAGUUUGCUUCGACGUCAUCGUCAUCUUCGAGUGCUGUGGUGCCGGUGGUGGCUACUACUGACCAGGAAGAAGUUUCUCAAGAUGAUAAGGGAAAUAAAGGGAGUACAGCUGGUACUGAUUCAACGUCGUCGGCGCCACCGUCCUCGGAAGCGACGGCGGCCAACGCGUCGAGAAAUGUUGAGGUGUAUUAUGAUGAGGAGGAGCUGUUUAAUAUGCCUGGAUUGCUUGACAGUUUGGCUGAGGGUUUGAUGCUUACUCCUCCAGCUAUGCAAAAAGGGUUUAGUUGGGAUGAUUAUAAUGGUUUUGAGGAUUCGGGUGAUGAUUUUUCUCUGUGGUCUGAAUAAUUAUAUAUAUUGAAGAUCAUUGAGGCAUAUAUAUAUAUAUGUAUGUAUGGUGAUCUCGAUCGAGUUAUUUCGUUUGGAAUUAAUUCGUUGUUUUGAUUAGCUAGAAAGAUUUAGAUUUGUUUUUCUUCCACAUAUGUAGUAGUCAUGUGUCUAUUUAGCUAGAUUUUUUUUAUUUGGGAUCGAUAUGGAGCAGCUAGACUCUAAUGAUGACAAACAAUAUAACUCAAGAAAAGAACUAAAAAACAGUUCUAGCUACUUGCUAAUUGAUAUAACACAUAUAAUGUGGAAAAUAGUUCGAUAUUGAUGUAUUGAGCUCUUGCAACGAUUUAUUUCUAAUGUAAAGAAAUUAAGAUAGUACCUGUAGUAACCUGCAGUACUAGCCUGAAGUCAAUUCUAUUAAAAGAACAA